AGCAUAGCUCAGACUUUUAGGAAGCUGUCUUUCAUUAGGUGGUUUCAAGCACGAUAUUGGCUGAAAGACCUUAUUUUCUGUCUCUGCUUUCAGGUUAUUUGUGGGACUCAUGUGAUCUUGCUGAAUUGGACUAGCGGCCCCGGGGAUGAGGAGAGGCCCCUACUGCUCCUCAGCUACCUGGCAAGGUAGAAUCUGUAGCCUUUUGAGUCUCCUAAGGAGAAGUCAGGUGACACUUAGCUAGGUAAAUGUUUGCUAGAGUUCGCUCUUAAAGCAAAAGGAUUUUUCCACCAAAGAUAAGUUUUCUUUUUAUUCAAUUUACACUAUAUAUUCAGCAAUAUCUCCCUUCAAAUUAGUAAGAGGGACAGGCCCACAGUUAGGUGUAUAAGGUGUCUGUCAGUUACACUGUGACCUCAGGUUCCGGAAUAUCAAGGCAACAUUCUUUAGAUGUUUCACUUUGGACUGAACCUAAGUUUAGAAGCAGUCAACUUGUUGUCAAAGGGAAAAGGAUAUCCCAUGUGACCAGAAAACACCUGUUACUAUGAGUUGGUCUGGGAAUUACUUCUCUAAGUUUCCUGAGGAUGUUUCCUUUCUCAACGUACACUCACCUCUGUUGCUUUCGCUCAUACCAUCUGAAGAUGAACAACAUUUUAUCUCCAACUUGAGGAGCCAUGCACCAGCCCAGGCUGUGGUGAAGCAGCCUGUCCAGGGAGCCAGUGGCAGGACCACAGUCACAGCGAUUGUCCAGACUGGUGGGGACUGGAGCACCGGCCUCUUCAGUGUCUGCAGAGAUAGGAGAAUUUGUUUCUGUGGUCUCCUUUGCCCCAUAUGUCUUGAGUGUGACAUCGCCAGGCAUUAUGGAGAGUGUUUUUGUUGGCCAUUGUUACCUGGGUCCACCUUUGCAGUGAGAAUUGGCACCAGAGAGAGACAUAAAAUACAGGGCACGCUGUGUGAGGACUGGCUGGCGGUGCACUGCUGUUGGCCUUUUUCCAUCUGUCAAGUGGCCCGGGAACUCAAGAUGAGGACCUCCCAACUCUACGAAAUCUAUGCAGCCCCUUUGACUAAAGAAACUUUUAUUUGACAGG